CCUCGCUCGCCGUCUCAUUUGCGCUAGCAGAACAGUUCGACAUAAAUUAGACCGUGGUAACGAUCGCGACCGCACCCGAUUCCAAUCCCCGCAGUUUUAAAGUGGGAGACCUCUUGUGCAAGCAAACCCCAAAUUUUGUUAAAGCUCAUUCUAGGCUUCCUUCCUCAACCCAAAACCUUCUUCUCGAUCCUUCACUUCUUUUCAAUCAUGGUGCUCGAGGCGACAAUGAUUUGUAUCGAUAAUUCAGAAUGGAUGCGAAACGGAGACUAUGCUCCUUCUAGAUUCCAAGCUCAAGCCGACGCUGUUAAUCUUAUAUGCGGAGCUAAGACACAGUCGAAUCCAGAGAAUACAGUUGGGGUUCUAACGAUGGCAGGGAAAGGGGUUCGCGUUUUGGUGACGCCUACCAGCGAUCUUAGCAAGAUCCUAGCCUGCAUGCAUGGUUUAGAAAUAGGUGGGGAGAUGAACCUAGCAGCUGGGAUCCAGGUGGCUCAAUUGGCUCUCAAGCAUCGCCAAAAUAAAAAGCAGCAACAGAGGAUUAUUGUCUUUGCUGGAAGCCCAGUGAAACAUGAUAAGAAGGUACUAGAGUUGAUUGGGAAGAAGUUGAAGAAGAACAGUGUAGCACUUGAUAUUGUUGAUUUUGGUGAAGAAGAUGAUGGGAAGCCAGAGAAGCUGGAAGCACUUCUUGCUACUGUAAACAAUAAUGAUAGUAGUCACAUAGUUCAUGUUCCUUCAGGUCCAAAUGCUCUUUCUGAUGUUCUUAUAAGUACACCUAUCUUCACUGGUGAUGGGGAAGGAGGAAGUGGUUUUGCCGCAGCAGCAGCAGCAGCUGCAGCUGGUGGUGUCUCUGGCUUUGAAUUUGGUGUGGAUCCUAACCUUGAUCCUGAAUUAGCCCUUGCACUUAGGGUUUCAAUGGAAGAGGAGAGAGCUAGACAAGAAGCGGCUGCUAAGAAGGCUGCAGAGGAGGCUGCUAAACAGGAAAAAGGAGGGGAACAUCCAUCAGGCUCACAAGAUGCAACUAUGACUGAAAAUACUCCUCCUGAGGCUGAGAACAAGAAAAAUGAUCUAACAGAUGAAGAGAAUGCUCUACUACAACAGGCCCUUGCAAUGUCAAUGGAUGACCCUUCCACUGGUCACGAUCUCCGGGAUACAGAUAUGUCAGAGGCAGCUGUAGAUGAUCCAGAUCUGGCACUUGCUCUUCAAUUAUCUGUGCAGGAUAGUACAAAAGAUUCAACAAGUCAGCAGACAGACAUGAGCAAAUUGUUAGCUGACCAAUCUUUUGUAUCAUCCAUCCUUGCAUCACUUCCUGGGGUUGAUCCAAAUGACCCUUCAGUUAAAGAUUUGCUUGCGUCUAUGCAAAGCCAGUCUGAGCCCCAAGAAAAGAAGAGUGAAGACAAGCCACCUAAGGAGGAGGACAAGUGAUGGUCCCAUGCAGUUUGCUUCUGGGUCAGGUCGCAGAGCUCGGAAAUCAGGGCCAUUCUUGGAUCCUGGACUGAUGCUAUUAUUUGUUUCAGAUGGGCUGAGGACGAGCUACAUUGAAAUGUAUGUUUGUAAUGUCUUGAUAUUUCUAUACCUUUUUUUUUUUUCUUUUUUCUUUUUGAAUUUGAGUAUGUCUUGAGUUACAUUUGUUCAUCAGGGAGAUAAAACUUUUGUGGAGAUCUAAUGUUCCACAAAUACAUGCUAGCUAGUACAUUUUUCUCUUCACCUCCAAAAAGAACUAGGCUUCAGUAAUUAUAAAAAAUUCUUUUGCGGGUGGACCAAAUUGCUGGGUCA